UUUCGAUUAAUCGAUUCAUUUUCAAUGUUUUUUUUUCUUAUGACAACAGACAGUAUUUGUCCUUCAAUAGUAAAAUUGAAUGAUCAACUAAUCUCAACUUUUUGUGUCUGAUUGUUUUAUUUUGUGAUUAAUUAAUGGUUAAUCACUAAUUUAUUUGGCUCAUAGGUUCAUCUGUUUUGUUGAGAUUCAUCCAAUUUACGAUGGCUACCACUCUUUUUAGAGUGUCUUCACUACCAACACUCAGACGAUUGAUGUCCACCAACAAACCUAUUAAAGUUGCUGGAAAAGAACUAAAACCUGUCGAUGAUGUUAUCGCUAUUGAUACUAACAUUGUGUUACAUGAGGAUGAACGACGAAAACAUCUGGUUCGUGGCUCGAGUAUAACCUCCGACAUUUCGCCUGUUGAUAUUUCUAAGGUGACUGGGAUGCCUGAAGAGCAUAGUACUUCGAGAAGAGCUCGGAUUUACAAAGAAGCGAAAAAUGCUAUGCAAUCAGGAACUAAGAAUAUGCAUACUUGGAAAUUAGAUUUUGAAAAUCGUGAAAGAUGGGAAAAUCCUUUAAUGGGUUGGGCUUCAACUGGUGACCCUAUCUCUAAUUUAAGUCUGAAAUUCAACUCGCGUGAGGAGGCGAUAGCUUUCUGCGAAAAAAAUACCUGGUUUUACACUGUUGAGGAACCUCCAGAGGCUAGAAAACCAAAGAAAAAGAGCUACGCCGACAACUUUUCAUGGAAUAAAAGAACCCGAGUUGGUAGUAAAUAAAAUUUUAAAUUUGCUUAGAUUUCAUUAUUCCUAGGAUUGUCGUCUAUUAUACAAAACUACCAUCACAAUAUAAAGUUAAAAUAUGUAUGAUAUUGCUGAAGAAGAGAAAAUUAAAUGUUAUUUGCCAUUCA